AACUAGCAGCUGGAGCAAUUAGCACAAAUUAACGAAAUACAUGGUGGUUAUAUGUAGAGACUACUCGCAACUGCGAGCAAUUAUCGAUACUACUGCGAUAUUUAAAUGUACACACCGACAACUCGAGGGAAAACAGUCGUGUGAGUGAGGCAUACGGCUUCAUGCACUGGAAUUCUGUAAACAUGGAUGAGAUUAAGUUUAAAGAAAUCUUUAUCGGAAACGAAAAGGGAAAAGAACGUAGCUAUCUUGGAUUAUUUUUACACAUCUUGUCCAUUGUGCUGUUCACUGUAUCGACCAUUACAGACGCCAUACUAGCAGAAGAAUAUUUGUCCAGGGGGAUGCUCACGCCAUUUCAACUGACCAUUUCCGUCUUAGUGUCUUCUUCGGUGGUCAUCGGUGGGAUUAGCAUGCUAUGGCAGACGAAAAUAAAAACGAAGAACAGUCCCCAAAAUUACUGCUUUUUGAUAAUCAGCAUUCCAUGCGCUUGUUUUGUGAGGGAAGUUAAAUAUGUAUUGGGAUGUUACGGAGACUGGAUUUUGGAUUCCUAUGAGAUUCGACAUCUGAGAACGUACACAGUUCUUCUAUUCUCACUGCCGUCGUUUCUGUUACAGAGUUAUCUUUCCAUGAUGGACGAAACAAAUUUUAUUCGAAGAACAACCAUGGGUCUUUCAGUGAUACUUAUCAUUUGGUAUUUGCUUGUAUGGUCAAACCUCAAAGAGCCUACGUCACUUCCUACCAGUAAAAACUGUCCAGAAAGGAAAAGGACAAGUCACAAAUUCAAGAGUGCAAUAUCUUUGUUUUUAUUUAUUUUGAUUGGUGCUGUAACGUUUUUAUCAUUACGAUGCUUUAGGCUGGGCAUAAUGACAUGAAAGUCUUCCCUUUUCUCAUUUAUUGAUUCCAAGAUUCCAAGACAAAAUCAGCUAUACCCCAUUCCGAAAGUUAGUUCAACAAAGUUGUAUGGGGAUAAGAUUAAAAUAAGGAGGUCAUACUCUUGCCAGUCUUGGCAGUAUUAUAGAAUUAAUUA